CCCCGUCCUCUGUCCUCCACAGUCGUCUCUCAUUGCCGCUGGCUUCAGUCGUCUCUGUGCGCCUGAUUAUUUUUACGCCGUCGAGACUGGCGGUGAAAUCCAGGUCAUCUUCACCGGAUCACCAGCCGUCACGGCUCAGACUCGUGCUCUCCGUAAAUUCACAUUGCCAUUUCCUGAUUCCUCUCGUAACGGUGAGCUUGAGUUUGAAGGAUGAGGUGGGGCACAUUCGUUAGCAUGCUGCUACGCUGAGAAGAGUUCAUCCACCCAGGACAAGCAGCAGCGACUCCACAAUCCCUACCUGAAGCAUCUAUCAAACACCUGCUUUAAAUCAAGCACCUGUCUGAAUAUUCACACGCUCACACACACACACACAGCUAUGGCUGGCUGGCUCUGGCUGGGUGGGUAAUCUGUGUGCUGGUUGCCUUGGCAACCCCACCCUGAAUUUUGCUGAAUAGAGCCCUACUCACUCAAGACUUUGUACCCCCCCUUCUACCUUUCCUCUGAGUGUAUUUGCCCUUCGUGGAGGGAGAGGGCAGCGGUCGGAGCGAGAGACAUGGACUGAUGAGGUGAGAAUGGCAGUGCGGCGGCUGUUUGGCCCUCAGGAGCCCUCAGGCACUCCGAGCCAAUAACGUGGGCACUCACACGGGCCAGGAGCAGUAUGCAGGAGGCUGACCUACCGGCUACCAAUGCUUUCACAGAGUGCAGAUUCCUGUGCACCAAUGGCAGAUGCUUGAACCUGGGCUCACAGGUAUGUGAUCAGCUCAACCAUUGUGGAGACAACAGUGAUGAGGAGCACUGCCCCAUCUCCACCCAGCAUCCUGCAUCUGCCAUCUUCAGCUCUGAACUGGAGUUUGUGCAGAUUGUGAUCAUAAUCGUCGUGAUGACUGUGAUGGUGGUGGUGGUCGUGUGCCUGCUCAACCACUAUAAACUCACCACGUGGUCGUUCCUGAGCCGGGCGAGCCAGGCACAGAGUCAAGAUCUCUCUCUGCAGCCGGAGGGAUCUUUGUGGCCAUCAGAUAAUGGGCUGAGGCAAGGGGCAUCUGAGGUGGUGUACGCUCCUCAGCCUAGGGACCGUUUUACCGCUCCUACUUUCAUGCAGCAUAAUCGCUUCAGACGUUUCCAGCCCACCUACCCGUACCUGCAGCACGAGAUCGACCUGCCGCCCACCAUCUCGCUGUCGGACGGAGAGGAACCGCCGCCAUACCAGGGACCCUGCACGCUGCAGCUGAGAGACCCUGAGCAGCAACUGGAGCUCAACAGAGAGUCCGUACGCGCCCCACCCAACCGGACCAUCUUCGACAGCGACCUCAUUGACAUGCACAGUUCAGGGGGCGGCGGUGGGCCACGCCCUCCCAGUAGCAACUCUGGGAUCAGUGCCGCCAAUUCCAGUAACCACGGACGCAUGGAGGGCCCUCCGCCUGCUUACAGUCAGGUGAUCGGACAGCACUCGGGCAUAGUACUUUACCUCCACCAGCACAGCAAUAACCCGCCUGUCACUUUGCAAACUCUGCCCAGGGGCCCGACAAAUCCAAGCAGCCCAGAGAGCACAAUAGCACUGAGCAUGGACCGACAAAAGGGGGAGGAGUUAGUGUGAAUGGGCGGGGCAAGCACACGAUUGGCGGACCACUCUUCACCCAUACAGAGAAAAUGGGUUCUCCGUUUUGACACUCCCAUGCACAACAGAGCUUAAUAGCAACAAACGCAAAACCAUGUUUAAAAAAACAAUGUGGAGCUGCGCUUACUAAAACAACGUAGAUUUUUUUUCCUUUCAGAUCAGCUGUGCAAACAUCUGGAGUUUCCCACUUUUGUUGACUUGCGUAUCGCCGACAAACCAGAAAAAAAUAUCUAGCACAAGACAGGCUUUUGUUGUUAUUGUUUUUGUUGAUUUGAUCGUCGUAUCCCCUUAAACGCCCCCUCCUGCCCAAGCCACACGUGACACGCUGGCUGUGUGGUUUUUUUGUUGUUUUUAAGACCGAGAUCUGUGCAGCAUGAACAAAAUGGUGUAAAUCCAAAUCCUAGUGCCAAGUUUAUAUGGAAGGUGUCAUGGGGCGUCGACUGUCUUAAAGACUUGUUAUACAUUUAAAUCAAAACCCUUCUGUGAAAUUGCACUAUUGUUGGUAAUCAGAGGAAUAUGGGGAAGCGUGGGGGGGUUGCGAGGGGUGACGUACGUGUUUACUGUUUGUACGGUUUGUUUUCAUAUAGAUCUGAUCAUAUGCUUCAGUGCAUGCUCUCUAUGAGAGAGAUGGGAUCUUGUCUGUCCUCAGCACAAGAAAAAAAAUCUCUGAUCCAGCCUAAAAUAGCCUUUAUCUAAAUGAGGCACAGAAUACAGAGAGCCCGCUUUAGUCUCAUCGACCCUAACCGGUGACACUUUCACAGACUCGAGCUGAUCUGAGGUCAGCUGCCUGGAGGCCCAGUUGACAUUAAACCUUACAAAAACUCAAUUGACUAAUAGAUUUGUAAAGGUUUGACAUGUUAUGAGCUGUUAUUCUGGGUCUGAAAUGAGAAAUUCACUGUAGCGGGUUUCAGUAUGUUGCUCAUCAGCUCUUUUUAGAUUUUUCUUAAAACCUUAAAAAUAAUUUAUAAGUAUGUUUUAUAUCUAACAUCAUUCAAAAGAUGGUUCACCCAAAAAUGAAUAUUCUGUCAUUUACUCACCCUCAAGUUGUUCCAAACCUGUAUAAAUGUAGUUCUGCUGAACACAAAGAUAUUUGGAAGAAUGUUUUUAACCAAACAAUUCUUGGGCACCACUGACUACUACAGUAGUAAAAACUGCCAUAGUAGUCAAUGGUGCCCCAGAACUAUUUGCUUUUCCAGAUUCUUCCAUUUUUUGUGUGCGUGUUCAACAGAACAAAUACAUUUGUACAGGUUUGGAACAAUUUGAGGGUGAGCAAAUGAUGACAAAAGUUUAAUUUUAAGUGAACUAUCCCUUUAAGUUUUAAGGUUACCAUUGGCAUGCCUUUUGCACUUUUGUCUGUAAGUAACAACUGAAGAAACAGACACCCAUAAAAUAAUCCAGCAUUGUACUGUUGUGAAUUUCAUUUGAUUUUUUUGUCUUAAUUCCAAGCUGCCAUUUCUAGUACACAGUUCAGUGUGAUGAACCCCUUUGCAUCCUCCAUCAUCUGAUACCCAAUGAAAAGUCAUCAGGUUUCAAAAUAUGGUAGUCAAGGGCUAAUGUGUUGAGCAUCCAUUUUUACCCAGCAAUCCUCUGUUGCUUUUAAUCUCCCUUUGUCGCCCAGUCAGAAUGAACUCUCAACCCUGACACCACCUUUGUUUUUCUGUCCAUAUGUUGACCCUCUCAUUCCCACCCAAACAUGCAUGCGCCGUACUCUUCUGAGCGGAUAUCUGCAUUCAGUUUAAGCUUGAUUACAAUCAUUUAGGCCCAGAUGAAUGAUGUUGCUCUGACCAAGAGCUCUUGAAUCUGGUCCAAAGGUUGAGAGAAUCUUGAAGAAACCCCAAAGACUCUUAACAGUUUGUGCACACAAACCCUUUAAUAAGGAGACUGAAGACUGAGCCCCUGCUUUUAGUCGCCGCUUAGCCUGUCAAGGACAGAUGGACUUGUGGCCAUGGUGAUUUUUAUACUCUUACGUGUGUUUACCUGGGAGUCAUGGUCAAACAUUUUUCAAAAGCAACACAUCCACCGUUAUAAGCUACUCUGUACGCAGAAUGUUAGAGUCAGCCGAUCGAAAUGUGGGUUUUUUUGUGUGUGUCUGUGUUAGUUGGCUUUGUUUUUUUCUGCCGUUGGUGGGAUUUUGUUUUCAUCCGUCAUAUGGACCCCCGUGAUAUAAACCAGAUUGAACAAAUCAAAACUCUACAUUAGGAUUCAUAGAAUCUCAACAGCUCAGAUAGAUUAAAGGGACCGUUCACACAAAAAUACAAAUUCUGUCAUCAUUUACCCACCCUCAAGUUCCAAAUCUGUAUGAAUUUAUUUGUUCUAACGAAUGAAGAGAAAGAUAAUUGGAAGAAUGGUUGUAACCAAACAGUUCUUGGCCACCACUGACUACCAUAGUAGGAAAAAUUGACAAUGGUAGUCAAUAGUGCCCCAGAACUGUUUGCUUUCCUACAUUCUUCAAAAUAUCUUCUUUUGCGUUCAACAGAACAAAAAAAUGUAUAAAGCAUUUUUUUCUACUAUGGUAGUUAACGGUGGCCAAGAACUGUUUGGUUACAAGCAUUCUUCCAAAUAUCUUUCUCUGUGUUCAGCAGAACGAAGAAGUUAAGAGAAUUUUUGGGUGAACUGUUCCUUUAAGAAGCCUAGAUUUGCUGGAAUGGUGUAUGAAUGCUCUUGUCAAGCACAGACAACGUAACUUCUUUAAAGGUUAAGUGUACAUGGCGCAAAACGAGCACCAUGUCCAAUUUAAGAGUCCUGUUCCUGUUACGUGUCCCUCUGUCCUCAUUCUCUCGCAGAGCUCGACCUUCCAUUUAUCAGUUUGCUGCUUCCGCUGUUGCUGCUGCUAUGCUGCUGCUUCAUCCGCUGCACUUUUAUGUUUCACCUUUCUAUCUGUUCACCAUCCCGCGUUAACACUUCCCUUUGUUGUCUGGUUUUCAUUCGUCUCCUUGAAAGCGCUUGUUCUCUGCUGUUUUCCGCUGUCCAAGGAGUUUGCAUGUUACUCGCAAGCUGAACCGGUGCCUAUUUGAUCGUGUUGUUUUCGAGCGACGUAGGAACCCACUUGCACUCUAAAAGUUCCCACCUUAGCUGUGCCUCACUUCCAAUGGUGCUUUCUUCUUCUGUGUGAUGUUUUUUUAAACCUUUUAUUUGUAAGGUGCUGUAAAUAAAGUCAGUCUGUAUGCACAUAUCCUACCCAAUGGGUAGACACCAGAGAAAAAAAGACAUUGCUAAUAAUGUAACAAUUUGUAAUUGAUGAAGAUUUUAACACGGUGGCAAGAUUUGUAAAUGCCUGCGGUUCAAAUGUGCUUUUUUUCAGAAAGACGCUUACGAAACUACGGAGUACUUCUUAGAUUUUUGAGUAACAUCUUGCUACAGUAUGAGAGAAACGGAUGUUCUGCGACAACCAACAACUAUUUAGAUGUGCUUUUAACACUGCCCCAACUACAUGUGACGCACAUUCAACAUCCUUGAUAGGAAAAUCAGUGUAGUUAAGUUACAAGUUAACAAAGUAAAUUACAAAACGAAUCCACGGAUAAUAGAAACUUUGACCACCAAACGGUGCCAGACUCCCACUCACGGACAAAAAACACUGAGGGCUUGUGAUGAAACGUGUUCAUUUUAAUCCCAACAGAUACAUGGUUUUUGUCAUGCCACCCUGUUGUGCUUCCUGUCUGCAAAGUUUAAUAAUGAACCAAAUGAGAGAUGUAGUUUUAACAUUCUUAUUUUUGUUAUAUAUUUCAGACAUUCUCGUGUAUGUGGUGUAUAGGAGCAAAAAAUGAUUUUAAUUGCAGAUAUUUAUGUGCCGGUGCUCCACUGUACAGUAGCUUGUAUUCGCAUGUCUAUAGUUAUAUAAUGUACAUAGCAACGCCAUUUUGACUACAAGCACCUGACUAACAGCAGUUGGUGACAUUUUGAGAAAUGUACAAUGUACUAAGAAGCUUUUAGAGCUACAAAAAAAGCUUUUUUCUUGCACAAACGCGGAGAACUAAUAACUGAAAUGGUUUAGAUGUCAUUUACUCUGACGCUUAUCAUGUGAAAAGCCAUUCAGAACUACACGGAGCAACACAUCAUCACCGACCUUUAUUUUAUACUGAAUAUCUCCCUGAGCUUAUGUUACUCUGUAUGUUCAUGUGUGUGCAUACUUUUCAAUACAUGCACAUGUACAUAUUCACACUUUAAAACUGUAUUUUGUUUUAUUUGAACCAUUGUGAUGUAACUAAUGGGUUUUAAGCCUAAGGUCUGUUACUGCAAUGCUGUUUUUCCAGAAAAAAUGUAAUC